UUCCGGCUGAUGUCACGAUUGGUGCAACUGUCUCCUAAAUGUUCUAAACUUUCGGAAGCUAACUCUUUCUCGUCGUUUUAAAUGUCCUGGGACGUAAAAUAUUUGCAUUUUACAUGUCCUGUUAAAGUGCCGUGUAAGUCACAUGACGACGAAUUGUUCCUCUUGUAUGUUUAGGUUAAUAUCUUCCGACCUCACGUGUAAUAGAAAGUAACUUCUGCAGCUAGCGGCUAGCGUUAGCUCGUCUACCCUCUCCAUGGCACCUCUCCGGGUCCUGUGCGUCCACGGUUAUCGUCAGAACGGUUGCUCGUUCCGUGAAAAGACGGGAGCUCUGCGGAAGCUGUUGAAGAAACAAGUGGAGCUCGUUUACCUGAGUGCACCGCACAGUGUGCAGCAAGCCAGCAGUGACGAAGCUCCGGAGAAGGAGAAGGGUCCAGUUCCUGGAUCUGGAGACGACGAGGACCCCAAGGGAUGGUGGUUUUCUGACAUCCAGGCUCGAAGUUUCAGUGCUCAGCAGCAGUGUGAGGCAAGCCUGGGACUCAACGAGAGUGUGACUGCUGUGAGAGAAGCUGUGAAGGUCCAGGGUCCAUUUGACGGCAUCCUGGGCUUUAGUCAAGGAGCAGCUUUUGUGGCCAUGCUGUGCUCUCUUCAGGAGCAGAAACUGGAGCCAGAGUUCAGCUUCCGCUUUGCCAUCCUUGUCGCUGGUUUCCGCAGCGCAUGUCAGGAACACCAGACGUUCUACAGCUCUCCCCUCCAGAUCCCCUCCCUGCAUGUGUUUGGACUGGAGGACAGAGUCAUCCCUGACAACAUGAGCAGAGAGCUCCUCCCCUCCUUCCAAGACCCUCAAGUCCUGACACAUCCUGGUGGCCAUUUUGUUCCUGCUGCGUCUGCUCAUAGACAAACCUACCAAGACUUCCUCAAGAGGUUCCAAUGAGAGACGAAAGUCUCAGAAACUCAGUCAAGCACUUAAACGUGGCCAGGGAAUGUUGAUUAUUUAAUGUUCAGAAAAAUCGUGUGAUAACAUAAUUUAUCCCAGAAGCACUUGUCGUAAAAAUGUACUCUGGAAGCAGUUGUUUUCCUCUGAUCUGAUCCCUCUUGAAAGCUCAAUGACUGUUGUCCUUCUCAGGGAAGACGUCUUCUAACAGACAAUAAAUUAAGUGACAGUUGUUGUUUAAUCUA